AUGGCGAUACGAUGCUGUGGUCUCAAUAUCCUCAAAGAAGGACACAACGAAGAACGCAACAUCAUAUUCGUUCUGGCGGGUUGGGAUAGACUCACUACAAACUCCGUCAAUUUCGUGGAUCUGUUCGCUCAAUGUGCCAACCUAGGAUACAAUGUUCGAACCCGUGUCUACGUGGAUGAUCCACUCGUUUCUACGAUCUUACAAUCAGACGCCUUGCCAUUAGGCCAGCCGCCCUUUUAUUGGUUCUUCAGCAAGGAGUAG